CACUUGUUUAAUUUAAUUUUGAAAAGGCAAAAAAAAGAGCACUUACUUUUACCCAAAAACAAAAAAAUCGUGGCCUCACUUGCAUUUAAAUCCAUCCACACCACAUCUCUCUCUCUGUCUAUCUAUCUCUCUCGCUCGCAUAAAAGGUUAACCUCAAAACAAGUAGCUCCUCCUUCCAUUAGGAUGGCGGCAGGACUCUCAACCGCCGUUACAUUCAAACCACUCCACCGCUCUUUCUCCUCCUCCUCUACCGAUUUCCGACUCCGCCUCCCGAAAUCCUUAUCCGGAUUCUCUCCGUCUCUUCGAUUUAAACGCUUUUCUGUCUGUUACGUCGUCGAAGAACGGAGACAGAAUUCUCCGAUUGAGAACGAUGAGAGACCGGAGAGCACGAGCUCCACAAACGCUAUAGACGCUGAGUAUCUGGCGUUGCGUUUGGCGGAGAAAUUGGAGAGGAAGAAAUCGGAGAGGUCCACUUAUCUAAUCGCUGCUAUGUUGUCGAGCUUUGGUAUCACUUCUAUGGCUGUUAUGGCUGUUUACUACAGAUUCUCUUGGCAAAUGGAGGGAGGUGAGAUCUCAAUGUUGGAAAUGUUUGGUACAUUUGCUCUCUCUGUUGGUGCUGCUGUUGGUAUGGAAUUCUGGGCAAGAUGGGCUCAUAGAGCUCUGUGGCACGCUUCUCUAUGGAAUAUGCAUGAGUCACAUCACAAACCAAGAGAAGGACCGUUUGAGCUAAACGAUGUUUUUGCUAUAGUGAACGCUGGUCCAGCGAUUGGUCUCCUCUCUUAUGGAUUCUUCAAUAAAGGACUCGUUCCUGGUCUCUGCUUUGGCGCCGUAAGUCCCUCUUUCAUUUGGUCUUACUAAAUAAAACGCACAAAACCAACUUCCAAGAUCUUUGACUCUAUGGUUUGGUCUUUUUGUUUUAAUUAGUUUAAACACUAACUAAUCACCAGAAUUAGGACAUUUCGGUGCCUUUUUUUAAUCGCUACUUAAUGUUAGAAAAUAAAAAUAAUAAUAGUAGUGGACUGAGAUUAAUCAUACGUUAAAACAGAAUUUUAAUUAACGUAUCUAUGUAGCAGGAUUUUGUGUGUCUCUCUCUCUGUGUAUGUUGUAUUUUAAUAUUGGAUACAUGUGAUGACAAAUGACUUUGUUGGCUGCAUUAACACAAAUGACCUGGUGGCUUAAUUUUAAGCUCGUCCUUGAAACAGGGGUUAGGCAUAACGGUGUUUGGAAUCGCCUACAUGUUUGUCCACGAUGGUCUCGUGCACAAGCGUUUCCCUGUAGGUCCCAUCGCCGACGUCCCUUACCUCCGAAAGGUCGCCGCCGCUCACCAGCUACAUCACACAGACAAGUUCAAUGGUGUACCAUAUGGACUGUUUCUUGGACCCAAGGAAUUGGAAGAAGUUGGAGGAAAUGAAGAGUUAGAUAAGGAGAUUAGUCGGAGAAUCAAAUCAUACAAAAAGGCCUCGGGCUCCGGGUCGAGUUCGAGUUCUUGACUUUAAACAAGUUUUAAAUCCCAAAUUCUUUUUUUGUCUUCUGUCAUUAUGAUCAUCUUAAGACGGUCUAUGUUGAUAAAUCCUAUAUGCCGAUUUUGAUUUUAAUGAAUAUUUUAAAAAAUAUAAAUACCUCUCUUUCUUGCAAUUGUAUUUGUGCGUGUAGCAAGCACUGUAGCGACGAUUGACAUAUUACGUUGUUUGUUUUGUCGUUGCUACUAUAACAACAAAAUACAUACUGAUAAAACUAUAUGUUAAAGUUAUAUUUUACUAGAA